AUCAACACACCCUUUUGACAGUUGAGUUGUUGCACAAACUUCAGCAGCCCGCACUCUAACUACUAGAGUUGAGCUGACAGCGAUGAAUCCUCCAUGUUACCCGGCUGAGAAUGUUCCACUACAGGGGAGGUAUGACCGUCUCCCUGAAGAAUCUGCAGUGAUUCAGCACACCACUGUGAACAUGACCCCCGAGCCCCCCAAGGACCACAUCAUCUGGUCCCUCUGCUGCUUUCUCUACUCAAACCCCUGCUGCCUCGGGCUGGCAGCGCUCAUCUUCUCUAUCAAGGCCAGAGACCGGAAGGUGGCUGGAGAUCUGGAGGGUGCCCGACACUACGGCUCCACUGCCCGCUGCCUCAACAUCUGGGCCACAGUCCUGUUUUCCAUCACUGUCCUUAUUGUAAUUAUUAUAACCAUUGUUAUAUGCACUCUGCUCUACCAGCAAACACAGGCGAUCAGAGAUCGCAUCAGAACCAGUCCAUACGAUUUCAACUACAGAGGCUAAAUUUCAAAUACAGUGGUAUUAGAGUUGCCUUUUUUUUCUAUG